AUGGGAGCCGUCCCUAGCGGCGGCUGUGGAGGAAGCCUGGUCUCGCAGAUUGCCAGGAGGCAACUUGGGCGGGGUGGCGCAAGCAGCAUUUCAGAUCGGUACCAAAAGAAAUUGAUAAAAAAACGUACCUUGUUGGAUGAGCUGCAGCACCUCUCGGACGAUGUCAGCAUUGCGACUCGGAUUGGUAUUGAGAAAGAAAUGGAUGAGCUAUUAUACAGAGAGGAGAUCAUGUGGAUGCAGCGGUCGAGAAUCGCCUGGCUGCGUGAAGGAGACCGAAACACAAAGUACUUCCAUCGGCGUUCUUCCUGGAGGCGUAGGAAGAAUAAAAUUCGUCGUUUGAAAAGGGAAGACGGUUCCUGGACAUCUGAUGUUGGGGAGAUGGAAUCUAUGACUAGGGAUUUCUUCAAGCAGCUUUUUACUCAGGAAGACAAUAUCUAUCCUGCAUUGGUCAUUGAUGGCAUGAGGACUUGUGUUGAUGCGGAAAUGAAUGAGAAGCUCUGCUCUCCUUUUAUAGAGAAAGAAAUAAGUGAUGCGCUGUUUCAGAUUGGUCCUCUAAAGGCCCUGGGCCUGAUGGUUUUCCAGCUCGUUUCCUGCAGCCUAUUUUUUACUACUGGUAAUAUGCCUGAUGAGGUCAAUGAUACGGCGAUCGUCCUAAUCCCCAAGAAGAAUGACCCUGAGGUUCUCAAAGAUUUUCGCCCAAUAAGCCUUUGCAAUGUGAUUUUUAAAGUGGUCUCCAAGUGCUUAGUUAACAGGUUGAGGCCUAUUCUCCAGGAUAUUAUCUCACCUACACAAAGUGCCUUCAUUCCUGGGUGCCUUAUAACAGAUAAUGCUCUGAUGGCCUUUGAGUGCAUACAUGCCAUUCAGACGGGUUCGGCAGCUCGUAAGAAAUUUUGUGCUUAUAAGCUGGAUAUGGCCAAAGCGUAUGACCGCGUCGACUGGAGAUAUGAACUGGGAACUGGGCAGCUAGUGAGCCUUGGUAAAUGUUCUAUAAUGUAUGGGGAAAGCUGCUCGGAUGAGGUACAAGCUGAGAUUAAACAGAUACUCAAAUAUGAAACCACUUGCUUCGAAGAGAAAUACCUUGGGUUGCCGGUGCCUGAAGGGAGGUUGACGAAAGGAAAGUUCAAGUCUACCAAGGGAAAAUUUACCAAGCAUGCAAGUGAUUGGUCAGAAAAAUACAUGUCCUCAGGUGCAAAGGAUAUUCUCAUCAAAUCAAUUUUGCAGUCAGUGUCUACAUAUGCUAUGGGGGUGUUCAAAUUUCCUGCUGGUCUAAUUGGUGACUUGGAGCGCAUAAUUCGAGACUUUUGGUGGGGCGAUGAGGUCAACAAGAGAAAGAUGCACUGGCACUCUUGGGAUAAAGUGACCAGACCAAAGGCAUAUGGAGGAACUGGUUUUCGUGAUUUGCAAAUGUUCAAUCAAGCUCUUCUCGCCAGACAGGCUUGGCGUUUGAUUCACUCUCCUGAUAGCCUCUGUGCAUGGUUACUCAAAGCUAGAUACUAUCCGUCUGGCCACCUUCUGGAUACAGCUUUCAUUCAAAAUCAAUCUCAAACUUGGCAAGGUAUUGUUCAUGGCCUUGAAUUACUGAAGGAAGGAAUUAUUUGGCGGAUUGGUACGGGCUCAAGUGUUAAUUUUUUUAGAGAUAAUUGGCUCCCGCGUCAGGGUGCUCUGAAGUUGGACGGGAAGAAAGGCCAUUCACACCGUAAAUGGGUGUCCGAGCUCAUUGAUCAAGAGAACAGAACUUGGAAUGCGGAGGCUGUCCGUGAUUGUUGUUUUGAUCAUGACGCUGCAAUGGUUCUUAGCAUCAAACUGGCACCUCGAGCGUCUGAUGAUUUUAUAGCCUGGAGCGGGGAACACAAUGGAUUAUUCAGUGUCCGCUCCGCAUAUCGUAUUGGGAUGCAGCCAAAACUUGUAGAGCUCUACGGUGGUCAGACUAGGGUGAAUCCUACUGGAGAAAGGAAAAUUUGGGACCUCGUAUGGAAAGCUAAUGUUCCUCCGAAACUCAGAAUUUUUGCCUGGAGGGUGGCGUCGGACUCGCUUGGUGAGGAGAUGGUUAAAGCUGUGAAAUGGUCUCCUCCAUCUGAUGGUACUGUUAAGGCUAAUGUCGAUGCUGGCUAG